GACUUUUCUUAUCGAAAUCAUAUCGUCAACAUCAUCAUAUGGUCCGGUGUUUUCACACAUCGUUCCCUCUUUCAGUCGUGGUUUUUCCAAUAGUGAAAAGCGAUUCUGCGACCUCUUCAGUGUUUGUUGAAUCAUAGAAACAAAGUGAUUUUGUGUUGGUGGUAAGAGAAAUUCGGGUACAACAGGUGUCUCGAGUGUUCGUAUGUUGAGCGCACAUUUUUUCAAAACUUAUUGAAUAAGAAGUGUGUAUUGCCUUCACUACAAAAUCAUGUACACCACUAGGAGUUUUAUCAGAAGAUGGUUGUCUUCGCAUCAACUGAAACCGAACCGGUCGGUGAAACCCAUCGACAAAUUGCUUAUCGCAAAUCGAGGUGAAAUUGCGUGUCGUGUGGUUAAAACAGCUCAGCGACUCGGUGUACGAACGGUCGCGGUUUACUCGGAUGCUGAUGCAAAGUCGUUACACGUUGCUGCCGCCGAUGAAGCAUAUCACAUCGGACCGCCUUCAUCACAGUUGUCUUAUUUACGGGGCGAUAAAAUUAUUCAGGUAGCUAAAGAUUCAGGCUGUCAGGCCAUCCAUCCGGGCUAUGGAUUUCUAUCGGAGAGUGUUGAAUUCGCCGAAUUAUGUCAGAAGGAAGGAGUAAUUUUCAUGGGUCCGCCAGCAUCUGCGAUCCGAGACAUGGGCAUAAAGAGUACGAGUAAGGCAAUUAUGGCAGCUGCUGGUGUCCCAAUCAUAAAUGGAUACCAUGGAGACGAUCAAACCAAUGAGACUCUGGUACGGGAAGCUCAGAAAAUUGGAUUCCCUUUAAUGAUAAAAGCCGUUAGAGGCGGAGGAGGAAAGGGCAUGAGGAUAGCUGAAAAACCAGAGGAUUUUUUGAGUGCCCUGGAAUCGGCUCGUACCGAAUCGGAAAAGGCUUUCGGAGACAGUUCGGUGUUACUUGAACGAUAUGUACGAUCACCGCGUCAUGUCGAAGUGCAGAUAUUCGCUGAUCAUUAUGGUGACGCCGUUUAUCUGUUCGAAAGAGAUUGUUCAGUUCAACGUAGACAUCAGAAGGUAAUCGAAGAAGCACCUGCACCCGGUCUUUCGGAAGAACUGCGCAAGGAGUUAGGCAUGGCAGCUGUUCGUGCUGCGAAAGCAGUUGGAUAUGUUGGAGCAGGGACAGUAGAAUUUAUUUUGGACAAAGAGGACCUAUCCUUCCAUUUCAUGGAAAUGAACACACGACUGCAGGUGGAACAUCCGAUAACGGAAAUGAUAACUGGAACGGAUUUAGUUGAAUGGCAAAUUCGAGUUGCUUCUGGCGAACCGUUGCCGAUCAAACAGUCGGACAUUAUUCGAAACGGUCAUGCAUUCGAAGCUCGAAUUUAUGCGGAAGAUCCACGAGGUGGAUUUCUGCCGGGCGCUGGACCAUUGCAUCACUUGUCAACUCCAACUCCUAAUGAAAAUGUUCGCGUUGAAACUGGAGUUCGACAAGGCGAUGAAGUUUCAAUUCAUUACGAUCCGAUGAUUGCAAAACUCGUCGUUUGGGGUAAAAAUCGUACUCAAGCGUUGGAUAGCUUGAUUGCUCGCCUCAAUGACUAUCAUAUCACAGGACUGGAGACGAACGUAAAUUUCUUGAUUGACCUCGCGCGACAUCCGUCUUUCAAAGCGGCAGAUGUUCACACCGGAUUCAUUCCACAGCAUUUCGAUACUCUAUUUCCUCCGCUCAGCGUUUCCGAAACAGUGCUGUGUCAGGCCGGCAUUGCAAUCGUUCUCAACGAAUUGAAAUUCAAUCGAUACGGCGCCACUUCAUCGGGACGUUCCGGGGAUCCUUUCGUUGUAGAAAGUGGUUUUCGCAUGAAUCAUGUGGCGGUUCGGAAAGUCAGCUUGAAAUUUAACGAUAAAGAAUACGUUGUCUCGGUGAAAAAUCUGGGCGAUUCUUUUGAAGUAAAAAUCGACAAUGGCGAUUGGAAGGUGGUGAAGCCGUCAUUAUUGGAUCACCCACAACGAUUUUCGAUAAAAACGAACAUCGACGGCAUAUUUACUUCAUUCAGUGCCGUUAUAUCACCAGAACAAGUUGCCAUUUUCACUGAGAAUGGUAAAACUGAACUUUCCAUCGUGCCACCGAAAUUCCUAAGCCAACAAAGUGGUGACGAUGGUGUCGGUGGUUCGAGGGUUGUGUCACCAAUGCCCGGUGUUUUGGACAAAAUUCAUGUCAAACCGGGAGAUACAGUACAGGCAGGAGAUCCGGUUGCGGUUAUAAUUGCAAUGAAAAUGGAACAUGUGCUGAAGGCACCACGGAAUGGUGUUGUGAAAUCGGUUGGUGGCAAAGUGGGCGAUAAUCUGGCCAAAGGAGCUGCUGUGGUUACGUUUGAAGUCGAGGAGAAAUGAUUUUUGUUUUAUCGUUGGGUUUGGUUUGUUUAUCCAGAGGAAUGCAUUUAUUAGUUUGUAAGGAAAAUUUCCGUAAAAGUCUUCCAUUA